UCUCACAUUUUCUGCGUUUAGUAUAAAUUAUUUAUCGAUAAUCAAUACAUUAUAUUUAUUAAUUAAAAUUGAUUUACUCAAAAUGGAAAUUGAAAUAACCGAUACAAUUCAAAAUAUAAUCGAUGAAAUAGUUGGUCGCGAAAAUUUUAAAAGUCCCCCAGAAAUAUUAGUUUCGCAAGGAUCUCAAGAAGGUGACGGUUAUUGUUCGAAAACUUACGCUAUUUCGAUUAAUGAUAAUGGUGAUAAUAAAAAAUCGAUAAAUCUUUUUGUGAAAUGUUUCCCGGAAUUUCAAAACGCCGGUUGGAAAUCAAUGAUGGAAAUUGGUUUUAAAUCGGAAUAUAAUUUUUAUCACGAAGUGUGGCCGGUGUUUAUGAAAUUUCAAGAUGCUAAAAAUUUAAAAGAACCGUUUAACAACGUUGCUAAAUCGUACAGUUUUCAAUCUGGGAGUGUUAUAAAACCGAUUGUUUUGGAGAAUUUGAGAUCGUUGGGAUACACUUUGAGAGAUCGAAAAAAACCGGUUGAUGAUGUCCAUUUGAGACUACCCAUACAAGCUUUCGCAAGAUAUCACGCAAUUUCUUAUGCUUUCAAAGACCAAGAACCUGAAAAUUUUAAAAAAUUAACUUCGAGUAUGUCUGAUGUUUUUAGCGAUAAUUUUGAGAUGAUUGGUAUGGAUGGUAUAAUACGAAAAAGUGUUAAACAGGUUAUUGAAGGUUUAGAUCCUGUUUUGGAUGAGAAAAUAUUGCAGCGUUGUGAAGGUUUAGACGAUAAAAUAAUCAAAUUUGUUGCUAAUUUGGAUAAAAUGGUUGAUGAAUAUUCUGUAAUUGGUCAAGGUGAUUGUUGGUCAAAUAAUAUGAUGUUUCUUUAUAACGAAAAAGGUGUUCCAAUAGACGUAAAAUUAGUUGAUUGGCAAGCACAAAGACUUAGUUCACCCCUUUUGGAUUUCUGCUAUUUCUUUUAUACUUUAGCAACAAAAUCUGAACUUGACAACGCGGAGACAUACAUUAAUUUAUAUUAUAAUACACUUAGUGAAAGAAUUAAUGAAUUGGGAAGUGAUCCGAAAAAAUUGUUUCCCUACGAAAUAUUCCGGGAGCAAUGGAAAAAAUUUUCUUUAUUCGGAAUAAUGACCGGUUUACUUGUUAUAAAAGCACAGUUAUUUGACAAAGAUGAAAUACCUAAUCUUACGGGACAUGAUAACAUAGAUACAUUUACAGUCGUUUUGAAAAAUCAAGAUAAAUUUGUAAAUAGAAUGAAAGAUAUUAUUCAGUAUUUUAUCGAUAAUGACUUGUUAUAAAUAAAGAUUUGCAAAAUGUUGAGUAA